UGGUUGAAGCCGGCGGCGGCGGCGGCCGAGCUGGGUCAGUUCUCUUUAGUGUUUGCCAAUGUUGGAGGUGUCUCCAAACUAUCUCCGGGAAGAAGUGAUAGACAGUGGCAAGUUAAAAUGCAGACUUCAGUAAACUUCAGUGAAUCUACCCUCUCUCCUACGGUGCUAUCCCCAUCGUUAACAUCUCCUAGUUCUCUGGGUCUGCAAGGCACCAUGAAUGGUUCAAUUCCAGAGUUAGCUGUCAAUUGUAAUAGUCAUAUCAUUGGUCUGUUGGAUUCAGCUCCUUCUAAGAACUUACCUGCUCCUCUCCAAGAUAACAUGGCAAACCCCAAAGAGAAAACUCCAAUGUGUCUGGUAAAUGAGUUAGCCCGUUUCAAUAGAGUUCAACCCCAGUAUAAGCUUCUGAAUGAAAGAGGGCCUGCUCAUGCAAAGAUGUUCUCAGUGCAGCUGACUCUUGGGGAACAGACCUGGCAGUCCGAAGGGAGCAGUAUAAAGAAAGCCCAACAUGCUGCUGCCAACAAAGCCUUGAGGGAAACUUCUCUUCCCAAACCAACUCCUCGACCCCCAAAAAACAAUAUUAAUAGUAAUCCAGGCAGUAUAACUCCCACAGUGGAACUAAAUGGUCUUGCUAUGAAGAGGGGAGAGCCUGCCAUCUACAGGCCUUUAGAUCCAAAGCCAUUCCCGAAUUACAGAGCAAAUUACAACUUUCGGGGCAUGUACAAUCAGAGGUAUCAUUGUCCAGUGCCUAAGGUUUUUUAUGUCCAACUCACUGUUGGAAACAAUGAGUUCUUUGGGGAAGGAAAGACUCGUCAGGCUGCUAGACACAAUGCUGCAACAAAGGCUCUUCAAGCUCUCCAGAAUGAGCCUAUCCCAGAGAAAUUACCUCAGAAUGGAGAAUCAGGAAAAGAAAUAGAAGAAGAAAAAGAUGCAAACAAAUCUGAGAUCAGCUUAGUUUUUGAAAUUGGAUUGAAACGUAACAUGCCUGUCACUUUUGAGGUCAUUAAGGAAAGUGGACCUCCGCAUAUGAAGAGCUUUGUUACCCGAGUAUCAGUAGGAGAGUUCUCUGCAGAAGGAGAGGGAAAUAGCAAAAAACUCUCAAAAAAACGUGCUGCAAGCUCUGUGUUACAGGAACUAAGAAAGCUGCCCCCUCUUCCUGUGAUUGAAAAGCCAAAAUUAUAUUUUAGAAAACGUCCUAAAACAAUAUUAAAGGCUGACCCAGAAUAUGGUCAAGGGAUGAACCCUGUUAGCUGUCUGGCUCAAAUUCAGCAGGCCAGAAAGGAAAAGGAACCAGACUAUGCCCUUCUUUCAGACAGAGGAAAGUCUCGCCGGAGAGAGUUUUUGAUGCAGGUUAAGGUUGGCAGUGCAGUUGCUACUGGAAUAGGUCUCAGUAAGAAGAUAGCUAAAAGAAAUGCAGCAGAGGCAAUGUUGUUACAUCUUGGAUACAAAACCUCCACUCCUGUUCAAGAACAACUUGAAAAGACAGUGGAAAACAAGGGAUGGAAUAGUCAAAAGAUUGGAUUUCCUGAAACAACGAGUAAUACUCCCAAGGGAAUUCUUCUGUCUCCUGAUAUUUAUCAAGAGAUGGAAGCAAGCCGCAACAAAGUAGUUUCUGACUUUGCAGUAAGCUAUUUAUCGUCUCCUGAAAUGAGCCAGCCUUCAAGCUCUUUUUUCAUGGCCUAUCUUCCACCAUCAAACAGCACUACUUACAAUAACCAGGUGAGGAUUCUUAUGAAUGGGACAUCUUCAUCAGCUGAAGCCAUAGGUCUGAAGAGGAAUUCUCCUACUUCCCCCUGCCCUAUAAUGCAACCUUCAAGACAACUGGAAUAUUUAGCAAGGAUUCAAGGCUUUCAGGCUGCUUUAAAUGCCUUGAAACAGUUUUCAGAGCAAGGUCUUGAUCCACUGGAAGGGGCAAUGAAGAUUGAAAAUGGAUCAUUUGAACAACAAGCCAAGCAUCUGGGAGAGAAAGCAGACAAUAAACAGACUAACUCAGGCACCAUGGCUCAUGACUGCAAGGAUUCAAAGGCUGUCGUCUAGAGCUUCCCAGCACCCACGGCUGCCACUGCAUCCUUAUAAACCUGUCAACACGCAAUAGGGUGUAUGUGUUCAAGGAAAUGAAUGACUAAUACCAUUAUUUGAGUCCUAUGUGAAGACAACACUAUUCUAACACAAGAGAUAAUAUACAUAGUACUGUUUAUUCAACUGGGGAAAAAUAAAACUUUGAGCAUUUUCCUUGGAACUUGAUAUCAAAUCAUAACUCAUUUGCCCAGAGGCAGCCGAAAUCGGAUCUUGCUACUGGAGCUUAAAAUAACAAUUAGUGAAAAAGUGUUAGAAAAAAGAGAUCAAGUUUAAAAUCUAUGAAUAGUGAAGGAUGGAUUUGGUUCACUUAGGAUGAUUUUUUUCAUAGUAUAGUUUUAAGUUCAACUCUAUUCUUUUUUAAAAAAUAAUGUUUGAAUCUUUUUAAAUUAACCAAUGGCAGUGCUGUGAAAACUGUAGUUGUUGUCUUCAUAUAUAGUCAUACAGCUCAUCUUUUUAUGCAAUCACAUGUAUUCUUCAUGCGAUAUGAAUAUGUAUGACCUUAAGAUGCACUACUCAGAGUUGUAUGCAAAAAAAUCAUGACAAGUAUUUGCUUCAAACAUGAACUGAUGUUAGUAAGAAUCAGUUAUAGUAUACUCCAGGUAAAAGCAGUUAUGAUAUUUGAGUUCCAUGAUUCCAUUAGCAAUUAAUGAGGCGUCUUGCCUCUAAGGGAACAUUUUCCCCUUGAGUCCACUCUAUGUUGUGUGAAACACAUCUUAUGCCCAUUUUGUGUGUUGUAUCAAACCACUGUUUGCAUCAACUGAGUGUUUUUAAUAACUGAAUACUGAUCUGCGACUGUAGACAGAAUUAAAAUAAAAAGAUUAAUGUUGUAGGAAAGACAAAAAAAAUGUUGAAAGGAAUGUAAAGAUCAUUUUGGCCCUGUGAGAACCUGGAGCUGCACCCUGAUUCUGUACCCGCAUGUUGGGAUUCCACGUGUGGCCAAACAGUAAAAUCAUGUCAGUCUAUA